AUGUUACUUAUUCCCCCAGAUCCCCAGAUCACUAGCCGUAGGUUCAGUCCACCGCUCCAUGGUAAGACCAGAGAUGGGACAGUGGGAGUGACCGCUCAGCAUGAGGAGAGUGGUCCCCAGAGUACAGCGGACAUUCCUGCUGAGUUCAGGCCCACCGACAGCCCCAACUUUCUGGUGUCAAGCCUCCCCGCACACUGGCGUUGCAACAAGACUCUGCCACGUGCCUUCACGGUGGUUGCCCUGGGUGAUGUAAGUGACGGUGUUCUAGUCACAGUGAUGGCAGGGAAUGAUGAGAACUGUUCAGCUGAGCUACGGAACGCCACCACGCUGAUGACAUCACACACAGCACGCUUCAAUGACCUCCGCUUUGUAGGACGCAGUGGGAGAGGUAAAAGCUUUAAUCUGACCAUAACCGUGUUCACCAGUCCUCCCCAGGUGGCCACGUACCACAGAGCUAUCAAAGUUACUGUAGACGGACCUAGAGAGCCACGCCGUCACAGGCAGAAGCUAGAGGUGGGUCCAAACACAGGGCUUUUCAGGGUUGCCAUGCCGAUGCAGAGUCUCCGCCCCCUCAACAACAUCACCAACCCUCCAACAAGAGGUGUGUGUGAGCUGGCUGCUGGGUUUGAUCGCCCGUUUCCCCCCCUCUCCUCAUUCUCGUCCACUCCCAGAAUGCACUUCUCGUCCUUCCCUUACUCCGUCACCCCCCCUCCACCCCCGUACCUCCCCCCACCUUUCCCCACGCUCACCCCCCAUUCCCACAGUGGACUCUUCCAGCCCAGCAGCAGCCCCAUCCUCUACUAUGGAGCCUCUGCUGGGACCAACCACUACAUCUCACUGCCAGAGGGGGACAGGACAAACCACUUUACCUCUGGGCCGGGAGGAGACCAGGCCCCCACUGCCGCGCUGGCCAAUCAAACUGAGGGUAGGGGGGAGGAGCCUGUGUGGAGGCCAUAUUGA